AUGAGAUAUCUAUUAAAAAUAAAUAUAUUAAGUUUAUUAUUGGUGCUUAUAUUGUUCUGUUUGUGUCGAUCUCAAUACCCGAUCCAACCAAUUCUAGUAUCACCUAAUAUAACUGAGUCGACACCUAAUGAGGUUAUAUCGAUAUCACCAGAAUUUUGUACCCGGAAUGAGGUCACGUGUCAAAGUGGAGAGUGUAUACCUCGUGAAUAUGUUUGUGAUGGUGACUAUGAUUGUACCGAUCGAUCGGAUGAACUGAAUUGCAUCCAUAACUGUGAAGCCAAUCAAUUUCAAUGUGAAAACGGUCGCUGUAUUCUCAAGUUUUGGCGGUGUGAUUCUGAUAACGACUGCGGAGAUAACAGCGAUGAAAAGUUUUGCGAGUCAAAUAAUAUACCGGGAUCUCCAUGUCGUUAUGAUGAAUAUAAAUGUCUCGCUGGAGAUCAGUGUAUUCCUCGAAGUUAUCAAUGCGAUGGAGAGUUUGAUUGUCAGGACAAGACUGAUGAAAUUGGAUGUUCUCUACCAACUAUAGUGAUACCACCACCAGAAACAAUAUCUGUAUCGGAAGGACAGACUGUUAAUAUAAGCUGUAAAGCUAUUGGAACGCCUACACCAUUGAUCAGUUGGCGAUUCAAUUGGAAUCAUAUACCUCAUCCACCCAGAGUUACAGUGACAAGUGUUGACGGCAUAGGAACUGUUACCAUACAUGAGGCCAAGUUGUCAGAUCAGGGAGCCUGGAGUUGUGAGGCCAUCAAUACAAAAGACUCGGUUCUCGCCGCACACGACGCUCUUCUUACAGUUAAACCCAAACAAUCCAUUUGUCAAUCGCCGCUAUUCAACGAUUUGGCACAAAACCCAUCUGAAUGUUUGCGGUGUUUCUGUUUCGGAGUUUCCGACACUUGUCAUAGUAGUAAUCUUCGGAUUAUUAGUUCAGGCAUUCAAUCACAGAUAACCGUUAUUCCACUCGUGAGGGAACCGAAUAGCAAUUAUAAAGAUGUCAGUCAACAAUACCCUCCCAUUCAAAAUGAAAUUAUUUAUAAUCCAAAUUUACAAGAAUAUAGUAUCAAAUCAGAUGUAAUGUUAGCCAACACUCCCGACGGCGUAUAUUUCUAUUGGAAUCUACCGAAGGAAAUGUUGGGCAAUAGAUUACAGAGUUAUGGAGGAUAUAUAAGAUAUACAAUUAGAUAUCGAGAGCCAUAUUUACCAAAAGCGGCUAAAAUUCCUGAUAUUAUUCUUAGAGGUAAUGGUAUAACAUUAUACCAUUACGUUAAAAGUGCAUACAAUCCAAAUGCUGAAACAUCAAUUAAGAUACGUUUCUGGGAGGGAGAGUGGCAUAAAAAUGACUUAAAUGCUAGAAGUCCACCACUCUUUGAUACGACAACUCGAGAGGAUAUCAUGAUUGCCCUCCAAAAUGUUGAGUAUAUCUAUAUUAAGGCCACUUAUGACGAACAGAUCAUCGAUUCCAGUAUAUUAAACUUGGAAAUGGAUGGCUCUAUGCUUUCCAAUAUGUCAUCAGAACAAGCAGUUUACGUUGAAAAAUGUCUCUGUCCUCAGGGAUAUACAGGUGAUUCAUGUGAGUAUUGUAGCUCAGGUUAUGUGAGAGAAACGGCCGGUCGUUAUUUAGGUCGAUGUAUAUUACCGUCAAUUGUAUGCAAUUGCAAUCAUCAUUCAAAUGAAUGCGAUCCACAAACUCAUGAAUGUUUUAAUUGUCAACAUUAUACUGAAGGAAUUCAUUGUGAAAAAUGCAAACGAGGAUUUUAUGGUUUGGCCACUUUAGGCCGACACGAUAGUUGUCGUCCCUGUCCUUGUCCUCAUAUAACACCAUCUCGACAGUAUUCACCCACGUGUCACAUUGAUUCUACUGAUGGUGAUGUCAUAUGUGAUGCCUGUCCUCUUGGUUUUGAGGGCACCCGAUGCGAGAGGUGCGCUACGGGUUAUUCUGGGAAUCCACUCGAAGGCAUACCCUGUGAACAAAAAGGCAUUUGCAGAAGUGAUCAAUUUAUGUGUACAAAUGGCUAUUGUAUUGACUUAAAGCUGAGGUGCAAUAAUAUAUACGACUGUCUACCGGAUGGUAGUGACGAAGUUGGAUGUGAGUGUCCUAUAAAUAACUUUCUAUGUGUUGACGGCGGAUGUAUUGAUCGAUCUCUUGUAUGCAAUGGCGUCCAAAACUGUUUCGAUGGAAGUGAUGAAAGUGAUUGCGGAUCCCCUGAAACUCAAUGCGACCCAAUUGGAAGUUUGACAACACAUCCCAGUCCAUCAACAGGUUUAUGUCACUGUAAACCAUUAGUGACCGGUGCCCGAUGUGAUCAGUGCACUGCCAGUGCAUUUCAUUUGAGUAAAGAAUCACCCAAUGGUUGUAUUGAAUGUUUCUGUUUUGGUGUUACAAAGGCCUGUGCAUCGAGUCGUUGGUUUAGAGAUCACAUUCAAUUGAAACUAACAAACGAUAAUAUUAUUAAAUUAAGUGCUUUGGAUAGGAGUGUUGUGAUUGACAAAAAUGUCAAAAUUGAUUACCGAAACCAUCAAAUUGUGUUCAAAGAUUUUGCACUUCAACCCAAACUUACUUAUUAUUGGAGUCUUCCCCAACAAUUUCUUUAUGAUAAAGUUAUCUCUUAUGGCGGUUAUUUAAAUUACACUUUCAGAUAUGAAAAAGGUUUUUUAUCGCGUCCUAAUGAUGAUCCAGACGUUCAAAUUAUAGGAAAUGGCAUCAAAAUUAUAUACAAACAUAACAAUCCUUUAAUGGCAAAUAUUGAUAAUUUUAUAUCAAUUCCUCUUUUUGAAACCCAAUGGUUACUAUCUGAUGGCCAACGAGUCAGUCGCGAUAAAUUCAUGACUGCAUUGGCGGACAUCGAGUCUAUACUAUUGAAAGCAACGCAUACUUCUGAUGUUAUAUCAAUCACUUUAUUUAGUGUUACAAUGGAUAUUGCAAUUGAAAGGACUACAAGAGUAGAGACUUAUUUACCCGAAGCACACACUGUCGAGAUUUGUCGCUGUCCUAUAGGAUAUCAGGGAUUAUCGUGUGAACAUUGUAUCUCUGGUUAUACCCGGACAGCAAUCGGAUCAUACCAUUGUGAGCCCUGUUUCUGUAAUGGACACUCCAGUGAUUGUGAUCCUAAAACAGGAAUUUGCAAAAAUUGCCAACAUAAUACCCAAGGUGAUUUUUGUGACCAAUGUGCACCUGGUUAUGCGGGUGAUCCAACUCAUGGAACUCCAUAUGAUUGCAGUCCCGAUAGAGUGGUAACCCCGUGUCAAUGUGAUACAAGAGGCAGUGCAGUGCGUGAAUGCGAUAUAAAUCAACAAUGUAUUUGCAAAAGCAAUGUUCGGGGAAUCAAUUGUGACCAAUGUUCUGAUGGUUUCUUCAAUUUGGAUCAAAACAAUCCCAACGGAUGCACACAAUGCUAUUGUUCGGGAGUUACCCGUAGAUGUAGUUCCAGUUCAUAUUACAGAUAUCAUAAAACAAUGCGUUUACAAGACUUGUCCAAUCCAUACGAACAUCAUUUUCAACUAACAAAUAGAUAUAAAUCUCGUAUAUUUUCUGAGGGAAUAGUCAUAAAUUUGGCGCAAAAUGAAGUCAGUUUUACCUCAUUUAAUAGGGAAUCUAAUACAGAGACACUAUUUUGGGCACUUCCCGACCAUUUUCUUGGAAAUAAGUUAACAUCAUAUGGUGGUAGACUACGGUAUACUCAACAGUUUAGUAUUAGAGAAACAGGAGAUUUAUAUUCCGACGCCGACAUUGAGAUUACUGGUAAUGGUCUUACAUUGGUUUAUGUGAACAGUAAAUCUUUAUCUCCCGGUGAUGUUCAGACAUAUGAAAUAGAUUUAAAUGAAGGAUUUUGGCAAAAGAUUGAUUCAAAUAGAUAUAAAGCAUCGGUUUUAGCGACAAGAGAAGACUUUUUGUUGGUUUUAUCAAACAUUGAAGACUUUCUAAUUAGAGCUACAUUUCAUCCAUUUAUGAAACAAACACUUAUAGCAGAUCUAUCACUAGAUAUUGCUGUCCCACAAAAUACUGGUCUCUUAAUGGCAAUUGAGGUUGAACAAUGUGUGUGUCCCCCUGGCUAUACUGGUUUGUCGUGUGAAAGCUGUGCUCCGGGCUAUAUAGUUGACCGCACGAGUCCGGGAUACAGUCGAUGUACUCGUUGUAAUUGUAACUUUCAUUCCGAAACAUGUGAUCCAAAUACAGGAUAUUGUGUGAAUUGUCGUCAUAAUACUCGGGGUGAAAAUUGUGAGCUCUGUGCUGAUGGGUAUUAUGGUGAUCCCACACGUGGUUCGCCUGAUGACUGUCAGCUAUGUCCCUGUCCGCUAACAAAUGCCGAUAAUAAUUUUUCGACGACGUGUCGACUUGAUUCCGAUGGUCAGCCCACAUGUAAUGCAUGUACUGCUGGUUAUACCGGUAGAAAUUGUGAACAGUGUGCAUUUGGUUAUAGAGGUAAUCCAUUACAACCGGGAGGUAAAUGUAAGCUAAUAUCAGCAUCGGGUCCUACAAUUCGGGUCCGUAUCGAUGAACCUAAAGCACAACGCGUUCCCUUUGGUUCUACCGUUACUUUUCGAUGCAAUGGCGUGUCUCAUGUCAAUGAUGUCACCUAUAACCUUGUCUGGACUAAAGAGGGCGGAUCAUUGCCUCCCCGAGCAUCAGAAGCUAGUGGAAUAUUGACAAUACCUGAUGUUAGAUCGGAAUACAGUGGUGUCUAUAUAUGCACCGGUUCUGACCUCCGAAGUGUAGAUCAAGAUCACGCAACACUCAGUGUUGAAUCGAUAGAUCAACCGGCUAUACCUCGCGUAAGAAUUGAACCCUAUUAUCAAGAGGUCAGAGUUGGAGAUACUAUUGAAUUUCGGUGCACUGCUGAAGGAUAUCCACCCCCUGAACUGAGAUGGACGGGCGGACGCAAUAAUAUUCUGAACCCAAGUUCAACAUUUGUGAACGGAAUUUUCAGAAUAGAUUCGGUCCGUAAAAGUGAUGAAUCGGAGUACUUUUGCCACGCGAGCAAUACUGCUGGAACUGAUUCUUUAAGGACAAUAUUAUUAGUCAACGGUGAAGAUAGUGCUGAUACCGGUUCCAAACCACACGUUACUAUAUCUCCCGUUAAUUAUGAGGCACGACGUGGAGAAACAAUCAAAUUUGAUUGUAAAACGACGGGUAAUCCUCUUCCUGAACUCAAAUGGAGUCAUUCUGGAGGCGAUUUACCGCACGAUUCUCGACAGGUCGGAGGUAUGCUCAUUAUUGGACGGGUCACCGAAAAUCAUCAGGGAUUGUAUACAUGUACUGCUCGUAACAUAUAUGGUAUGAGUCAGGGACAGGUACGUCUAUCCAUUGAAUCGGGUCGGGCUAUACCAACUGCUAAAAUAGAGCCCGAGAGACAAACCAUUGUUCAGGGACAUAGUGGCCAAUUGAGAUGUAUCACCAGUGGAAAUCCCAUUCCAACAAUCAGUUGGCAAAAAGUUGGCGACGAUUUAAUACCACUCAGACAUAAAACAAAUGGCGACAUACUUUUCAUUGAGAAUGCCAUCAUUGAAGACAGGGGUCUGUAUAUGUGUAGAGCUGACAAUCGCGAGGGUUCAGCUCAAAGUUCAUCCAUUAUUGAAAUUGAGAGAAGAGAGAUACCGGCCAUUGAGAUAUACCCAGAAUCGAUGCAAACUGUAGUCAAAGAUGGCAGUGCAUUAUUUCAAUGUCGAGUUACGGCUGGUAUUCCUCCGCCAACUAUUGAAUGGCGAAGAAGUGAUGGCAGUCUAUUCACAUCAAGUACUGAACUAUUGGAUGGAGUGAUUCGCUUCAACAGAGUUACCGGUGAUGAAGACGGCAUUUAUAUUUGCACUGCUGAGAAUAUUGCUGGAAGAGUGACAUCACAGGCAGUAUUGAGGAUUCAAAGUACACCCAAUGUUAAGAUAUUACAAUCGACUCCUUAUAGAGUUAGACCAUAUGAAAGGGUAAAACUAGAGUGUGAGGCAACCGGUAAUCCUAAACCAUCCCUAACGUGGAAACGUAUAUCACAACAACUUUAUUCAACUGCACCGUCACUGAUAGUCAGCACUGAAAUAGAUAACAAAAUUUUAUUUGAAUUGUCAAAUGUUACGAUUGCCGACUCAGGUAUUUAUGUGUGUACCAGUAUUUCACCGCUUGGGAGUAGUGAAGAGCGUAUUCAUUUAAUCGUUGAAGAUGACACUCUUGGAACAGUUGUUCCACAUGUUGUUGUCGAAGAUAGAGUGGUCACUGUUGCUGCUGGUAAUAGAGCAUCGAUGAGAUGUUUCGUUAAAGGAACCGGUCGUUAUGUGGAAUUACAGUGGACACGGACUGGAAAUCAAUCACUACCAUUAUCUUCCAAUAUAGAAAAUGGUGUCCUCUAUAUUGAUGAUGUCAAGCCUGAAGAUAGCGGAGAAUACCAGUGCUUGGGUGUGGUUGACGGCAAUGUAUUGUUUGAGGCCAGAGCCCGAUUAGCUGUUGUCGGUAUUUGGGCCAGAGCGCCUCCAAAGAUUCAGUUACAACCAAUCCGACAGACAGCCAGACCAGGAGAUACAGUAAUUAUUGAAUGCAGUGCAUCAGGUGAUCAACCUAUUACUAUUGACUGGAGUAAAAUAGGAGGUCUUUUGCCUCCCGGUGUUCACGCCUCUAGUGGCAGACUUGAGAUAAGAGGUGCUCAGUUGUCAGACGCCGGAAGGUUUUUGUGCACAGCUGUGAACGCCGCCGGUAAGGCUGAAGGAGUGGCCGAAGUCAUUGUCGAGGACUCUGACUAUAAAGAUAUCCUCCGAAAGGAGGAAACGGCAUUUGUUGGCUCUAAUAUUGAGCUCAAAUGUCAAUUCAGUGGCUCUCCUCCGCCUACCAUUAGGUGGUCUAAAGAUUUCGGCACACUUUUAGAAAAUGUCAGAGAAGUCAACAAUGAAUUGUGGAUUAGAAACUCCCGACUGGAAAAUGCCGGAAGAUAUAUGUGUACCGUUACCUCUGAUUUAGGAGUUCUGUCGCGAGAUUAUGUUGUCCUCAAUGUCAGAGCCAUACCAACGCUUGAAGUAAAAAUAAUUGCCAAUAAAGAAAGGGUUUAUUCUGGAGAUCAGUUGACACUACAGUGUCACGUCUCUGGAGAUCCGUCGGCAAAAGUCGAGUGGAAGAGUAUGAGUGAAAGCGGACCGUUCGCUGACAAUGUUAUGACUCGGGGAUCAAUUCUUGUUGUCAAUGGAGUUAAACCAGAAAAUGGAGGGAUCUAUAGAUGCUCUGUUGAUACAUAUGCGGGAACUUAUAAUAGCGAUUACGUUUUGGCAAUUGAAGAAAUGCCGACCAUAUCUCCCGAAGCAGUCGAGAAAAGGAGUGCUCCGUUUGGGUCGACUGUAAUAAUGGAUUGCAAAACAUCGCUGAUCGCACCAAUCACUUUCAGUUGGUCUAAACAGAGCGGUUCACUUCCAUCUGAAGUGACAAUUGAUGGCGAAGGGGUUAUCACUAUAUAUAGAGUUAAAGAACAAGAUUCGGGUACAUAUAUAUGCAAUGCUAGAAAUAAAGAAGUGCCAAAUGGAGUGGAAAUACCGUCUAUAUUAACAGUGACGGGAGUAGUGCCACGAUUUACUCAAACACCACUAUCUUAUAUGGUUAGACCAACACUACCAGACGCUUACACUGUUUUUGAGAUACAGAUCUCAUUUAAACCUGAAAAUUCAAGCGGACUUAUACUAUAUAACGGACACAAACAACAAUCCGGUGAUUUUAUGUCACUCGGGAUCACAGAUGGUUGGCUUGAAUUUAGAUAUGACUUAGGAGGAGGAAUAGCUUUAUUGAAAAGUGAGACAAUACUAGAAAUAAACAAAUGGCAUACCGUAAGAAUUCGCCGAAAUGGAAGAACUGGUAGUUUGCAAGUUGAAGAUCAAAGGGAAAUUAAAGGCACGUCUUCCGGAAGUAAUGUAGGACUCGAUCUCUUAGAACCACUAUAUAUAGGAGGUGUACCAGAUUUUGACCAAAUAUCUAAACAAAAUGGCUUUACCACCGGUUUUAUUGGUUGUAUCAGCCUUUUCAAAGUUGGAGUCAUUGUUCAUGAAUUGAUCAACGAUGCAAAAGCACAAUCUGUUUCAAACUGUGAAACUUGUACUCCAAAUACAUGUGCCAAUCAAGGCUUAUGUCAGGAAACUUCACUUAAGCCUUCGGGAUAUUCAUGUGUAUGUCCUGCCGGCUUCUCCGGUCAAAAUUGUGAAAAAAUAGGCGAUGCCUGCUAUCUAGGAAUCUGUGGUUUAGGUCGUUGUCGUAAUAAACUCAGUGGCGGUUUUGAUUGUUUUUGUCCAAUUGGAUGGACAGGACAAAGAUGUGAUAAAGAGAUAGACAUUGUAGAGCCGGCACUUUUUAAUGACGCUUAUGUAGCAUAUCCUACACCUAAAGAUACACUAAGAAAAAUCAGAUUUUCACUCAAAAUUAAGCCCAAAAAGUUAGAAAAUGGUUUUAUAUUAUACAGCGCACAAAAUAAUGAUGGAAGGGGUGAUUUCAUAUCAUUGGCCAUCAAGAAUGAGAGCAUUGAAUUUAGGUUUGACUUGGGUUCGGGUCCCGCAAUACUUACGAGUCCUAUACGACUCAUAACAGAUGAAUGGAUUGAAAUAACUGCCGAACGUUUCUUAAGAAAAGGCUUAUUAAAAGUUGGAAACAGUUUACCGAUUGAAGGGGAAUCUCCUGGACGUACUCAGGGUCUCGAUCUACGACUACCUCUUUAUAUCGGAGGUUAUGAUAAGGUUCAGAUCAAACUGUCACCGUUAGCUGAAAUCUAUCGGGGAUUUCAUGGAUGUCUGGGUUUUUUUGAAGUGAAUAACGUUUCCAUGCAUUUGACAAACUCGGUCAUCGAAUCAUCCAAUGUUGUUGAUUGUGGCUCUGAUUCUCUCUGUCAGCGAUCGCCUUGUCUUAAUAGUGGUCAGUGUCGGGAAAUUAAUCGAUUUGACUUUGAGUGUAUCUGUCGACCUAACUAUUCCGGUAAAUUAUGUCAACAUAUGAAUGGUAUCUGUGAACUGACUAAUCCGUGCAAGAAUGGCAAGUGUGUCAAUACAGGUGCCAAUUCAUACAAGUGUUUGUGUCCGUUACCAUACAAAGGCAAUUCCUGUGAUGAGACCGAAGAAUUUACUGAAACCGAAUCCAUUAAACUAUUAGGAGACGGUUUCUUCACAUUAGGUCCUCAAUAUUUACCACAUAUUUCUAGUUCGGCGGAUGAAGUCAUUAAGUUUAGUAUUAUGACACAAGAAGAUGAGGGGCUUAUUUUCUUUCACGGCCAGACACCAGAGGUUAACGGUGUCGGUCAAGAUUUUAUGGCUGUGGCUCUCAUUGACGGUAAAGUUGAGUUCAGUUUUGAAUUGGGUAGCGGUCUGGCAAAGAUUAGGUCAUCUAUUAAAGUAAACGAUGGUUUGGGACAUACAGUUGAUGUUAAACGCAAAGGUAAAGAAGGAAGUCUAACCAUUGAUGGCAUGCAUGAGUCCUAUGGAGAAUCAGAAGGUGAUCUGCAAAUGUUGAAUACUAGCGGAGAUAUCUAUGUGGGAGGUCUUCCAGAUUAUACACUCAUGAGUGGCAAUCGCUUCUCUGGUUUUUCUGGAUGUAUAUCUGAUUUAGAGAUUGGCUCUUCUGGUUUAAUUGAUAUCGUCGUUCAACUAAAGAGUGCCCAAAAUGUUCACAAUUGCGAUGAGUUUUACUCCAGUGGUUCCGCUAAUAUACCUUAACAUUCAACAUAAUAUCUAGUAUUUGUGGCUAAAAUUGUCCAUUUAAUAAGAUUAAAGUAAUUCAAACAUAUUGUUUGUAAACGAGUCUUCAAAAAUUUGUGCCUCAAAUGGGAGCCAAUGCAAC